AUGAUAUUAGCAGGGCAUUUUUUCUUUCAUUCUUUCUUUUCUCGCAAAUUCACAUCUGAUUUAUUUCUUUUCUUUUUGUCCUUUCUUUCUUUUGAACAGUUCAUUUCUUUCUAUCCUAUUUUCGUUCUUUCUUUCUUUUCUUUCUAUUUUCCAUUUUAUUCUUUCUUUCUUUCUAUCGUUCUUUCUUUCGAUCGUUCUUUCUUUCAUUCUUUCUUUCUUUUUUCUUUCUUUUCUCCCCCAUUCUCUUUCUUUUUUCUUUCAUUCAGUCUUUUCUUUCUUUUCUUUCCCCCAUUCAGUCUUUCUUUCUUUUUUCUUUUCUUUUCCUAUUUCGGUUUUCAAUUUCUUUUUUCUUUUCCCUCAGUUCCAUUUUUCUUUUUUUCUUUCUUUUCAUUCUUUCUUUCUUUUUCUUUCAUGCCUCUCCUUCUUUCCAUUUUCUUUCUUCUCUCUCUUUUUGAAUUCUUUAUUUCAUUCUAUUUCUUUGAUUCUUUAAAAGCCCCUUUUUCAUUUCUUUUCCAUCUUUCAUUUCUUUCCUUUCUGCUUUUUCUUUCCUUCUUUCCCUUUUCUUCUUUUCAUUCUUCUCUCUGCUUUUUAAAACAUCGUUCUUUCUUUUUAUUCUUUAUUUUCUUUUGUUUCUUUAUUUCUUUUUCGAAAUUUUUACUUUCAUUUCUUUUUUAUUGUUUCAUUGAAAAUAAUUUUUUUUUUCUUUUUCACUUUUUUGCUUUUUUUCUUUUUUUGUUUCUCUUUCUUUCUUCCAAAAACUUUUUUGUUUUUUCUUUCUUUCUACCUUUUUUUUUGUUGAUUUCUUUCAUUCGUUUUUUUUUAAAACUCCCAAUUUUUCUUUCUUUCUUUCUUUCUGUAUUUUUUUUCUUUUUUUCUUUCUUUUUCUUUUCUUAUAAAAACAAAGUUUCAACACUUCAUUUUCUGAAACUUUUUUUUUUUCCUCUUUCCAAAUUGUUUCCUUUUUCUUCUUUCUUUCAUUUUUCUUUUUCUUUCUUUAUUUUUUCUUUUCUUUUUUCUUUCUUUUUGAUCUUUUCUGACUUCAUUUUUUCUUUUAUUUUUUUUCUUUUCAUAAUUAUUUCUUUUUUCCAUUUUUUCUGGAACUUUUUAAUUUUUUUUGCUUUUCUUUCCUGUUCUUUUAAAUCCUUUUUCCAAAUUUUCGUUUUAUUCCUGGAAAAGUUUUCAUUUCUUUUUUCCAGUUUUUCUUUUUUCUUCUUUUCAAAUUGUUUUCUUUUCAAUUUUUUUCAUUUCUUCUUUCUUUCUUUUACCCACCUUUCUUAUUUUCUUCUUUCUUUCUUUCUUCUUUUCUUUUUCUUUCUUUUUUCUUUUUCUUUCUUUCAUCUUUUCUUUCUUUCUUUCUUUCUUCUUUCUUUCUUUUUUUCUUUCUUUCUUUCUUUCUUUCUUCCAAAUUGUGGUUUCUUUCUUUCUUUUUUUCAUUUCUUUCUUUCUUUCUUUCUUUCUUUCUUUCUUUCUUUCUUCCAAAUUGUCUUUCUUUCUUUCUUUUUUUCAUUUCUUUCUUUCUUUCUUUCUUUCUUUUUCCAAUCCAUCUUUCUUUCUUUCUUUUUCAUUUCUUUUCUUUCUUUUUUUUCUUUCUUUCAAAUUUUAGUUUCUUUUCUUUUUUUUUUUUCUUUUCUUUUUUCUUUCUUUCUUUUUUCUUUUUAUUUCUUUCUUUCUUUCUUUCUUUCUUUCUUUCUUUCUUUCUUUUUUCCAAAUUCUUUUCUUUCUUUCUUUCUUUCUUUCUUUCUUUCUUUCUUUCUUUCUUUCUUUUCAGUAUCCUUUCAAAAUUACACUUAUUUUCCUUUGCGCAUUCUUUCUUUUUUCUUUCUUUCUUUCUUUUUUCUUCUUUCUUUCUUCUUUCUUUCUUUCUUUUCCCGUAUCAUAUUCUAG